GCGUGGAACGGAUCCUACCAUUAUUUCUUUGGGGACAUCCAAUUGGGCAAUACUUCCCCUCGAUACUCCAGUUCUUUCCACAUUUUUACCAUCUGGUGACAGGCGCGGUUGGGACUUGCCAUUGCAUGCUUUGUGACAAAGUGGCAAAGCGUGAAAAAGAUGGUUCCCAACGAGGACGGGGACGAGGGAGAGGACGAGGGAGAGGAAGUUCCAGUCUUGCCAGGCCGGUCGACAUGCCCCCUAGAGGGACACCAGGUCGUCCUCCAGGGCGGCCGUAUGGGAAAUUGCCUGGAAGACCGCCUGGAAGACCGCCCGGUAGGCCAUCUGGUAGGUCUGCUGCGGCCGGAAUGCGCGCUAUCCUUGAUAGUGAAGGAACACCAGACGUAUUCAAAAUGGCCGUCAUGAGGCUCAAAGAAAAUGGUGUUCUGGAUGAGCGAAUACAAGAGACUGAAAGCAUGGACUGGAGGACCGAGAAGACCGCACUUGACGAGUAUAUUGAGCAGUUAGGCAUGCAGCCUUCCUACGUUCCUCGACCCGGAGAAGUCGUACUCUGGGCUCCGGAUUAUCAGGGGGAACUGGUCUGGAACCACGAAAACAAACGCAUCGAAAUGUACGCACCCAACCAAGGCCAAUGGUUAGGAACCCCCGAAUGGCGGGUUGGUAUUGUAGGCCAGACUCCAGAAGAAGACAUAGUUCUUCAGGACUUAGUCAAAACAGCGCCCAAAAAAUGGGGUGUCAACUACUCCGGCUUUCGCGUGGAGACCUUUCCUGAUCCUCAAAGCUACGAUAAAAGUUAUUCAUUGCACUACAAAUAUGUCCAUUUGCAGGGUAUCAAGCCCUUCAAUGCAUACGAGCUCUUUCUGCAAGGGAUUCCGCCCGAAAAGCUACAUCCCUCCAUCGGGUAUGCGAUGACGAUAAUGUCAUCGUUCAGUCUUCUGGACAAAUAUCACUUUAAAGGAACUUGGCCGAACGCAGCCAUUUAUUGCCGAGGUAUUUUCAUCGGAGCUGAGCUCUUGGUUAUUGGAGAUGCUGUCCGCUUGAAACCAAAUCGCCAGUUUUACUCGUGUGAAGCCCAUAAGGCCGUUGAGGAUGUUAUGGUCAUUGACGAGAUACGCCUGGAACUUGUCAACUGCGUGAACGAUCUCAUGUCGGACCAACUGGCAGAGCGAUAUCAGGUUCGAGUUGCAGGAAAGGUCUAUACGAACGCGCCUCGAAGAUCUAGUGCAGGGACCGACGGGACGAGCCAACAGUUGCCUAUGAAGCCCGAGGAAGUCAUUGACGUUUUUCAAUCGAUUGGCAUGGGUGGAUAUGGGUCUUGGUACAGAGUGUGGAAAGGCGCCACGGUGGAGGUUUCGCAGAAUAUGAUAAUCGGUCGUUGUUACGAUCCCGAUGCUAUGGACCUCUUAUUCGGGUCUCGCUCUUUGGGGCUGGAUCUGUCGGGGGUAAUCAAGGCGAGGGAGUAUUCACGGAAAGUUGAUGAACGUAUUCCUGAAGGGAAAGACUGGUUCUGGGGCGACUUUCGAACUCAGACCCUCGCGAUUGAUACACUCAAUGGCCAGGAUGUGGGCUACUACAGCGAUGCACGUGAAAUCAAGAUGUGGAGAGCAAAUCUCCGAAUUCUUGAUGGCACAGCGGAUUCAGCCGAUCUUCGCCUGGCCAAGCUUCCCGGCAAUGUUGGUCGACCGUCCACGAAGGCUGGUUCCAACUUUGCAGAGAUUGGCAAGCUUAGCAAGCUGGUCAGUACAGGUCUUGGGGCCGCGGACGUGAGCAACCCAGUAAGCUCCGAAGAAGGGCCCAGCCUGCCAAACGAGGAAGAUACCUCUGAAUCAGAUGAAGUUUUUACGUUGGCCAUGAAUCAACUCCCGGGGGGAACGGAUGAAUCGGAGGGAGGUGAUUACAGGCCAAGCCCUGGGCCCUAGGACAAACGGCCGACUCACGAUAUUUGUUCAUGGAUGCUCUGAAGCUCUUUCGCGCCGAUACUCUUGACUCGUUUUCAGAGUUCAGGCGUCAAGGACUUCCUCGACGUUAAUGCCUAGCGCAGGACCUAGGUUGACUAUUAAAUCAGCUGCGACUAGGAUAUGUAUUUAUGGCGAUGAACCACUAGUGUUCUGGUCUUCGACAUGGUUUGCUAAUUGCC